AAUGCCACUUUCCGCAAUAAAAAUACAGAUUAGGAGCAGAAAGCAAAGUAGGAGAGAAAGAAUCAUUUCUGUAUCGAAUUCUCCAUCCACCAUCAUCCAGAGAGAGAGAGAGAGAGUUUGCCUCUGGGUCACUCCCAACAGUCUCAUGUGAUUGGUUCUAACUAGACCACAUGACUUUUUCCUAUGCCCAUAUUUGGAGCUCAGGGUGGAGUAAUGGAAAAUGAUCACCAAGGAGGUAAAAGGCCAGUGGUGAAGGGUUCACUCUGCAGGGGACUGUGGAGGAAAGUGUCACAUUGAUACAUGGAGUAGUUACUAUGUUUUUUUAUCAUGGCUGGCAAUGUUAGUCAGCUCUGUCCUUUUAACUUAAUAGCUUUCUGUAAUUAGUUUUUGUUGUUGUUGUAAGGAGGCAAAUGGCCAAUGGACCUUCACAUCACUUGGGGAAAGUUGCACCGUUUUUUUCGUAGUCAAGGCGACCGCAUCACCUAUUUACAGCGGGGGGGGACCGACACCGCUUGGUUACUUCUGUGAAUCUUGACGGCGGCGGCAAAAAAGAAAAAAAGAAUGUCACAGCGAUGUAACCUGAAGAGCCUGACAGCAGCUCUGUGUUGCUUCUACCACAAGAACUCUGUCAUCAGUGCAAAGUUUUCCCAAGACCAGUUCAUCCUUGAUGGUCCAUCAGAGAAGCUGCGCAGAGAGCUGGAGGAAGAACUUAAGAUGAACUGUGAGGAGCCGAGAAGCCACGCUUGGUACCACGGAGCGAUACCCCGGCAGGUUGCUGAAAACUUUGUGCAACGAGAUGGCGAUUUCCUGGUCCGAGAUUCGCUGUCCAGUCCAGGAAGUUACGUUCUAACUUGUCAAUGGCGGAAUACAGCCCAGCAUUUUAAAAUCAACAAAAAGAUUGUGAUGUUGAACGAAGCCUAUUCCAGAGUUGAGUACCGUCUGGAUCGGGAAGGAUUCGACAGUGUUCCAGCUCUAAUAAGAUAUUACGUAGGGAAUAGAAAACCGGUCUCCCAGGUGGUCGGUGCCAUCAUAUUUCAGCCGAUCAACCGCGCACUGCCUUUGCGUUGCUUGGAACAGAAGUACGGACUGUCCGGCAGUCAUCGGGAGGCGGGGCUUAGCGAACAGGACCGACGGCGUCAGAAGCGCCUCAGCCUCAACAUUACCAACGGACACACCCACGACAAUGCGCACGGCGUGCACGACGGCACGCACUACCACAAUAACUGCAUGGGCAGAGGAAGCCAGCUCAGAUUGAAGGAUCGUUGUGGGAGCCAACCAGCGAGUCUCAAUCAACUCCAGGAUAAAAGGCGGCCAUUGAAAGCGCAUCAGUCGGAGAGCUUUCUACCACUUGGAUCCAAACCCCAGCACCAUCAUCCAUCAGACCCCCUCCUCCUGAGCCUGAAUGCCAAGUCCCCGGUGUUUCGUACGGGCAGCGAGCCAUUGCUGAGUCCAUCUGUCACCAGGAGGUUGGCAGAGUCACUAGCAGGUCAGCCUAUCAGAGGCUCCGACAGCCAGCUGUGCCCCAGACCGCCGCCCAAGCCCAGCAAAGUGCCGCAGACCCGGUUGCCUCGUUUCCCCUGCCUCCAGCUCCCGGGUCCCUCUUCCAACAUCACAGAACCCUCGUCUACCUGCUCCGGCUUGUCUUCACCCACUCUGGACUCUUCACGUGUGGACACUCAUGUGAGCUCAUGGCGGCUCGGAGAUCCAGCAUUACCGCCAGCGAAGCAUACCCACGCUGACUCAAGCUUCUCCAGCUGUGCAGUUCCACCGAUUCCAUACCCGGACUUUGAACGCCUACCGCCCGCUCCUGCAGACCUCAGGCCCUGCAGCCCGCUGGAAUGGAACAACCCGACCUCUCCAAACUCCAUCCCGGACAACGCCCAUGAACUUGAGCAGCUGCCGUGCAGCUACGUCGAGAGAUUGAGGCAAGAGGCGGAUGUCGGCACGGUGGAUGAGGGGGACGAGGCGGGCGGUCGGCGAGGGAUGGACAGGAGCUCCUACCAUCACGCCAUCGCGGCUUUAGAAAACACCAGCGAUGAAGAAGAGGAGGGGGACGAUGAAGGGGACGAGACGAGGAGCCUUUUUCUGAGGCCCGUGGUGGAGACGGAGUCAGCGUUCCGGCCAACGGAGUUCAACUCUCGACUUCUGCCCGCGGAAAACAAACCGCUGGAGAUGUUGGUUUUGAAGAGAGCCAAGGAGCUGCUGCUGAGCCACGACCACCACAGCAUAGCCAGACACCUGCUGAUGGUGGACUGCCAGGUUGCAAGGAUACUUGGAGUGUCUCCUGAGUUGAAAGGUCAGAUGGGCGUGUCUUCUGGUCUGGAGCUGGUCACCUUGCCGCAUGGUCGACAGCUGAGGCUGGACCUGAUGGAAAGACACCACACCAUGGCAAUAGGUGUGGCUGUGGAUAUUCUGGGAUGUACUGGCAGCGUGGAGGAACGGGCAUCCACUUUGAAUCGCAUCAUCCUGGUUGCAUUGGAGCUAAAGGACACUGUGGGUGACCUGUUUGCUUUCACUGCUCUGAUGAAAGCCCUGGAACUGCCACAGAUCAGUCGUCUGGAGGACACGUGGACCACUCUAAGAAGGAACUUCACAGAAACCGCUAUCAGCUAUGAGAAAACCCUCAAACCUUUCUACAAGAAUCUCUAUGAGGGGACAGCCUCCUCUCCUCCGGUGGUCUGCGUGCCCCUCAUGUUGCCUCUCCUCACUUUGAUGGAGCGCCCGUCCGUCACGCCAGAGGGGGCGGAGCUCUGGGAGGUCAGCGACCAGGGCUGUGACAUCAUGCUGCGUCACCUGGAGGCCGCGCGGGACGUGGCACGUCACGCGCACACCUACACCGAGAACGCACAGGAAAUCACGCACGGGUUCCAGUGUGACGAAGACCUGCUGGAGGUGUUCAAGACGGACUUUCAGCUGCGGCUGCUUUGGGGGAGUCGUGGCGCUUCAGUGAACCAAUCAGAUCGCUACAGCAAAUUCAGCCUCAUCCUCACGGCCUUGUCACGCAAGCUGGAGCCCCGACACAAAACGCAAACAUUAAUUUGACUUCAACUUGGCAACGACUGACUGUGCCGGACUGAAGACUGAUGGAUUUUUAUUCCAGCCGAGCAACGGACUAAGAAUAGAAAUAACAGCACAGGAUGAGGAAGAUGUAUUUAUUAGCAAUGGAGACAAAGAUUCUCGCCCGGAAAAGGGUGGAUUUCCAUCUCCGGGUUGGGGAGGAGACCCUGACCCAAGUGGAGGAGUUCAAGCACCUCGGACUCUUGUUCACGAGUGAGGGAAGAGUGGAUCGUGAGAUCUUGCAGACAGUAAGUCGGACUGCUUUCCAGUGAGGGUUGGACUCCACCAAGGCUGCCCUUUGUCACCGAUUCUGUUCAUAACUUUUAUGGACAGAAUUUCUAGGCGCAGUCAAGGGUGUUGAGGGGAUCUGGUUUGGUGGCUGCAGGAUUAGGUCUCUGCUUUUUGCAGAUGAUGUGGUCCUGAUGGCUUCAUCUGGCCAGGAUCUUCAGCUCUCACUGGAUUGGUUAGGACUGGAAUCAGCACCACCAAAUCAGAGUCCAUGGUUCUCGCUCAGAAAAGGGUAGAUUUCCAUCUCCGGGUUGGAGAAAAGACCCUUCCCCCAAGUGGAGGAGUUCAAGUACCUUGGAGUCUUGUUCACGAGUGAGGGAAGAGUGGAU